CACAGCAGGCGAGCGAAGGAUUCGACCGUUGCGUCCUCCGCCCAAAUCUUAAAAGAGUCUCCGAUCCCAGAUCCCCUCCCAAUUCCAAACUCGCCUCGUCCGGCGCUCCCCCACCCGUGCAGCCAUGGCGAUCGCCACCGAGUCGCGCGGCAGCGAGGACAAGGCUUCACCACACGCAAAUGAAGAGAAGCGGUGGGUACUGUCUGAUUUUGAGGUUGGGAAGCCACUUGGGAGGGGCAAGUUUGGCCAUGUUUACCUGGCCAGAGAAAAGAGGAGUAAUCAGAUUGUGGCUUUGAAAGUUCUUUUCAAGAGCCAACUGAAACAAUCUCAGGUGGAACAUCAGCUUCGCCGUGAAGUAGAGAUACAGAGUCACCUCCGUCAUCCCAAUAUUCUACGCCUGUAUGGGUACUUCUAUGAUCAGACCCGUGUUUACUUAAUCUUGGAAUAUGCUGCUAAGGGAGAACUGUACAAGGAGUUGACGAGGUGCAAGCAUUUCUCUGAACGACGUUCAGCGACUUACAUUGCUUCACUGGCGAGAGCACUCAUCUAUCUUCAUGGGAAGCAUGUAAUCCAUAGAGACAUUAAACCAGAGAAUCUUUUAAUUGGGACCCAGGGAGAGCUCAAAAUUGCAGACUUUGGCUGGUCUGUCCACACCUUCAAUCGUAGACGGACAAUGUGCGGAACUCUAGAUUACCUGCCACCUGAAAUGGUCGAGAAGACAGAACAUGACUACCACGUCGACAUCUGGAGCUUGGGUAUACUGUGUUAUGAGUUCCUUUAUGGGGUCCCGCCUUUUGAAGCCAAAGAACAUUCUGAGACAUAUCGAAGGAUAGUGAAAGUCGACCUGAAGUUUCCGUUGAAACCAUUCGUUUCUCCUGCCGCAAAGGACCUAAUUUCACAAAUGCUCGUAAAGAACUCAGCGCACCGGCUUCCUCUUCACAAGGUACUCGAGCACCCAUGGAUUGUUCAGAAUGCCGACCCCUCCGGCGUGUACAGAGGGUAGGGCACGGCGAAAUACUUCCUCACUCUCCACAAUGCGAGGGGAGUUUUGAUUCUUUUCACUGAUGUUAUGGCUUCGGCCCUGCGCCCAAAUUGCCCGCCCCGAGCUGUAUCUUGUAGCGCUAUGUGUAUGUGUGCGUGCGCGCGUGAUCUAUACACGGCAAUGCCCUGUAGUACUAAUGUAGAAUUUCUUACUACUGGUCUAUAAUUCUGAGCCUCGGAAUACCUAUCUGAAACUUGAACAUUUGAUGUGCCCAUUUCA